ACCAUGAGCCUGGACGAGGACGCUCGCUGGCUGGAGUGGGUCACCAAACAGUUUGAGAGCAUCGCAGGAGAUGACAAAGAGAUCGACCUCGAUGAGUUUAAAACAGCCCUCAAGGUCAAAGAGUCUUUCUUUGCAGAGCGUUUCUUCGCUCUGUUCGACUCGGACGGCAGCAGCUCCAUCAGUCUGGACGAGCUGCUGAAAGCUCUGGACCUCCUCAUCCACGGCAGCGAAACCGACAAGCUCAAGUUCCUGUUUCAGGUCUACGAUGUGGACGGCAGCGGUUCUAUCGAUCCGGACGAGCUGAGGACAGUUCUGAAGUCGUGUCUGCGUGAGAGCGCCAUCUCUCUGCCGGAGGAGAAGCUGGACGACCUGACGCUGGCUCUGUUCGAGUCGGCCGAUAAAGACAACAGCGGCUCCAUCACCUUCGAGGAGCUCAAAGCUGAGCUGGAGACCUUCCCGGAGGUGAUGGAGAACCUCACCAUCAGUGCUGCGAACUGGCUGAAGCCUCCCGAUGUGGAUCAGAAGAAGCGUCAGACUCCUCGGUACCUGACCCGAGCCUACUGGCACAACAACAGUCGUAAGCUGCUCUUCCUGUGUAUGUACGCCUGCCUCAGCCUGCUGCUGUUCAUCGGAGCCAUGCUGCAGCACAGCCACGGGGGGGCCUGGUACAUGGUGGCCAAGGGCUGCGGACAGUGUCUCAACUUCAACUGCACCUUCAUCAUGGUGCUGAUGCUGCGUCGCUGUUUAACGUGGCUGAGGGCGACGUGGGUGGUGAGGGUCUUACCUCUGGACCAGAACAUCUUACUGCAUCAGAUCGUGGGCUACGCCAUCCUGUGCUACACGUUGGUUCACACCACCGCUCACAUCUUCAACUUCGGUACACACACACACACACAGCACAGUGAGUACAGUCUGUGGGAGUACCUGCUGACCACUCGGCCGGGGAUCGGCUGGGUGAAGGGAACGGCCUCGGUGACCGGAGUGGUUCUGCAGGUCGUGAUCUGCCUCAUGGUGCUCUGCUCCAGCACGUUCGUACGACGCAGCGGACACUUUGAAGUGUUUUACUGGUCUCACCUGUCCUACGUGUGGGUCUGGUCUCUGCUCAUGGUUCACUGUGCAAACUUCUGGAAGUGGUUUGUGGUUCCAGGUCUGGUUUUCCUGCUGGAGAAGAUUGUGGGAAUUGCUGUUUCCCGUAUGGGGGGUCUUUACAUCGUGGAGGUCAACCUGCUGCCGUCCAAGGUGACUCAUCUGGUGAUCAAACGUCCCCAGUUCUUCCAUUUCAAACCUGGAGACUACGUCUACAUCAACAUCCCUGUGAUAGCCAAGUACGAGUGGCAUCCAUUCACCAUCAGCAGUGCUCCAGAACAGUCAGACACUCUGUGGCUGCACGUCCGCUCCAUGGGUCAGUGGACCAACCGGCUGUACGAGUACUUCAGGCAACCAGAGAGUCAGACGGUCAGUCCCAAGAGACUGGCCACCAGCCUGAGGAACCGCAGACAGCUGCUUAAGGCCCAGAGUUCUGCCAAGUUUGGUGAAAACCACAGGUUCUGCAACAUCAAGUGUUACGUGGACGGACCAUACGGGACUCCAACAAGACAGAUCUUUGCCUCUGAACACGCUGUCCUGAUCGGGGCCGGCAUCGGGAUCACACCCUUCGCAUCCAUCCUGCAAAGCAUCAUGUACCGAUACCGCCGCAGGAAGCAGAACUGUCCCAACUGUAACUACUCCUGGUGUGAAAACAUUAAAGACAGCGACAUGAAGUUACGCAAAGUGGACUUCAUCUGGAUCAACAGAGACCAAAAGUCGUUUGAAUGGUUUGUUAGUCUACUGACCAAACUGGAGAUGGACCAGGCCGAUGAGGAGCCAGAAGGCCGAUUCCUGGAGAUGCACAUGUACAUGACAUCAGCUCUCAGUAAGAACGAUAUGAAGGCCAUCGGCCUGCAGAUGGCGCUGGACCUCCUGGCCAAGAAGGAGAAGAGAGACUCCAUCACUGGACUGAGGACCAGAACCCAGCCUGGAAGACCUGAAUGGGGGAAGGUGUUUCAGAAAGUGUCUGAGGAGAAGAAAGGGAAGGUCCACGUGUUUUACUGCGGCUCUCCAGCUCUGGCUAAGGUCAUCAAAGCUCAGUGUGAACACUUCGGCUUCAACUUCUACAAGGAAAACUUCUGA